UGUGCUGUAACUACGUUUUCCUUUGCUGCUUUCACGCCAUUCUCUUCGGCGCAAGUUUCAUUUGUGUGGUUUUUGUUUUCCUCUUGAGUCGGGGAUGAUUGUUCAACCUGCUGCCGGGAGAUGAGGCCUUUUCAUCCGGGGGUCGAGACCGGGUUUGCAGCGCCCUUUCUGAAACCAAGCGCUGCCUCUGGAAAAUUGUUCUGCCUUUUGUUUCGGUCCGGGAUAAGAGAGCGCUGCGGAAUCUGCACCCAUUUACCGUUAAUCGGACCUAACUGCCCUCCUGGUUUAUUGUAAAUCCGCGAGGUGAAGCAGGAUGUCGGACGAAGGAAAGCUCUUCAUCGGUGGUCUCAACUUCGACACGAACGAGCAGUCAUUGGAAUCCGUCUUCUCCAAAUAUGGACAGAUAUCUGAAGUUAUUGUAAUUAAAGAUCGGGAGACGCAGAGAUCAAGGGGUUUUGGUUUCGUCACCUUUGAGAAUCCCGACGAUGCAAAGGAUGCUAUGUUAGCCAUGAAUGGAAAGUCUAUCGAUGGGCGUCAGGUUAGAGUCGAUCAAGCUGGAAAGUCUUCUGGAGACCGUUCUCGAGGUUACAGAGGUGGAAAUUCAAGCAGUCGCGGAUUUUUCCGUGGUGGGUCUGGACGUAGAGCACGUGGAUUUUCUAGAGGUGGCGGAGACAGAGGAUAUGUUGCACGCUACGAUUCAAGAAGUGGUUACUCGGGAUCAAGGGACUAUUAUAACAGAGAUAGGAGUCAAGGGAGCUAUGGCGGUGGUGGCUCUUACAGGGAUAGCUAUGACAGUUAAGCUACACACAACGAAUAAAUAAAUCUUCUUGACUCAAGAUCGUCCUUCCUAUGGCUGUAUUUAUAAAGAUUUUCGGAGCUCCGUGGAAUCGUAUUGUGUACUUGUAUCCUCAUACCUUGUAGAAUUUCAGUUUGGCCUUGUUAAUCACAGCCUGACAGCUUCUGGCAUGAGGAUGCACACUAAGGGUUGUCUCAGUAAUUUUAGAAUUAAACAAUCUAACAAACCUAGAAUUCUCAGGCACUUGGCAAAACUUAUUUUUUAGUAGUAUUCCCAGGUUUUAAGUUCAGAUCAGUUUCUUUAUUUUAUGUUAACGUUACUCAAAUGCUUCGCAGAAGUUUAGUUAUUUCCGAAUUGAAGUUGUGGAGUUGACUGGAAUUUCAUUGGGGGAAGAAAUGCAAAAGGGGGUUAACUGUGUUCUCAGUCUAUUUUUAUGGUAAGCAAACUGAUGUUUUAUAGAAGCUGAACAAGCUGUGGUCUUUAAUUAAAAAUAAAGGCUUUCAUAGCCACUUAUUCUUGUAAAAGCUGUCAUUUGAAAAGUUCCUUUAGUGUAGCAAGGUAGGAAACCAACAUGGAAACAGAAGAUAUUUGUCUGCCACUUAAACUGCUGAAGAUAAAUGGCUUUGUUUUUAACGUAAUUGGACAUCUGUGCAUCUUUCAGAAAAGUUCUGUACACUGUAAACAACGUCAGCCUUGUUCCAGAUUCUUCCAAAAUUAAAUGAAGUUCUGAGCACUGUAUCUUUAUAAGAUGGACAUGUACUGGAUGAGAAAUAUUUGGAAAUGGCUUUUUAUGUUGUAUGUUCAAGUGGUUUAGAGUUGACUUUUUUUGUACUGGAAAUGGGCUUCACGAAGCCUCAUUAAAAGAAAUAUCUGACUCAUAAUGCUGACUUUCCUGUAGUUGGAUUUUUGGGGGAUGGGAUAAAAUAGAAGUCUAGGAAGGGAUUAACUGUACUGCACUCUGUAGUGGGGGAAAAGCAGUGGGGUGAAGAGCCGUCUUGGAACCAAAUGGUGACGGGUGAGUGUUAAAAAGACCCAAGAGUCAGCAGUAGAGAUAAGUAUCACUGUUUAAUUGUAGAUGAACAUUAACUGCAUUAUCCCACUUAACCUUGACAAUUAAAAUAUGAAUAGAUUUCCUGUGAAGUUGUUCUAGAUGCACAGUCUCACCGUUACUGUAAACUGUCAAAGUAUCAGUGCAGUGUUAAGUUUAUCCACACUGAAAUCUCUUUACAAUAAGUUGAAGGAAAACUAAUGGAAUAAGUACUGAUUAUUUAUCUUCCUCCCAUGCCUGGCAUGCACAAGAUCACUACCAAUUCUGAUGCUUAUAUUUGGGAUGGAGCCGUGAAUGAUUAUUCU